GUUGACUGGCAGUGCUGUCAUGUCUUUGUUGCCUCUGUAGCUGCUUCUAUUUUGUGAAAAUACGAGCGGGUUAGAUGGGAAAAUUGUAGUUUACUGGACAUAGGAUACUCAUUUCAGCAGGCUCCACCAAAGUCAAACCACCCAAAAGAUGGAGGAAAGGCUGAACGGAUCUUUCCCUGUUGUGUCCCCGGAGUAUCUUCAGCAGUGGGUUCAGUCUGCACAGCAGUUUCAAGCUCUCCAGGCCCAAUAUUCAAGCUUCAACCCCAACCAUCAGUAUCCCUACCCUGAGGGGCCGGCUGAGGAGGCAGCCAUGGCACACAUGGCUAAUCCAGAGCCCAUGAUGAAUCAGCAGGAACCUGCCAAUCUGACUAAACCCCCACCCAAAAAGAGAGGCAGACCAGCUCAACCCAAGGAGCCCAAGGAACCCAAACCCCCAAAAGUUCCCAAGAUACCAAAACCCCCAAAAGACCCAAAUGCACCUAAAGGCAAACCCGGCCCUAAACCCAAGAAGGCAGCUGAGGGUCAGGCGGAUGGAAAACAAGAGAAGAUUGAUGAGACCUUCAAGAAGGUGAAGAGGAAAGUUGACCGCUUCAAGGGGAUGUCAGAGGAAGAAGUGAUGAAAAAGACUCUGCCAGAUCUGCUGGAUUACAACCUGGAUUAUGUCAUCAUUGGUAUUAAUCCAGGACUGAUGGCAGCUUUCAUUGGACGCUGGUUUCCUGGUCCUGGAAAUCAUUUCUGGAAGUGCCUGUUUCUGUCUGGAUUCACUGAGGAGCAGCUAAACCACAUGCAUGAUACCACCCUACCUGUAAAGUACAAAAUGGGCUUUACCAACAUGGUUGCCAGGGCAACGCCAGGAAGUAAAGACCUCUCAAGUAAAGAGCUACGUGAAGGUGGCAAAAUUCUUGUAGAGAAGCUGAGGAAAUACAAGCCUCUGAUUGCUGUCUUCAAUGGAAAAUGCAUCUAUGAAAUGUUCUGUAGAGAGCUGUUUGGAAAAAAACCAACAAAGCUUGAAUUUGGUCUGCAGCCACACAAGAUUCCAGACUGUGAUGUGGCUCUGUACCUGAUGCCUUCCUCCAGCGCUCGCUGUGCUCAGUUCCCUCGUGCUCAGGACAAAGUUCACUUCUACAUCAAACUGAGGGAGCUGAGAGAUCAGCUGAAGGGCAUCCAGAGGAGCACAGAAAUAGAGGAGGUUCAGUACACGUUUGACCUGCAGUUGGCUAAGGAGGAUGCCAAGAGGAUGGCGAUAAAAGAGGAGCAGUAUGAUCCUGGUUAUGAAGAUGCCUACGGAGGGGCGUAUGCAGAGCGAGGAGCUGAAGGAGCUCAAAGUCAGACUAACGGUCACUGUACAUUCUCAUCAGGAGAAAACAGAGAGGGAGCGCAGGAGGUGAGCACGUCACAAAUGCCAGAAGGUCAGCUCCCAGACGGACAGUGGAUGACUCAAUCCUUCGCAGACCAGAUCCCCGACAUCAGCGGUGGACCGAAGGAUGCCGUCGUAUGAGGAGAACGCUGACGGGAGAGGGCGUGUCAGAUUUUCGGUUGUUUACUUUUUAUUAGUGUAGAUGGACUUCUUAGAGAUUUAGCAGAAUAUUCUUUCUGCACCUUUUUUAUUUCUUUAAUGGUCUUGUGUACAUGUGUGAUCAUCUUCAUGGCAGUCUUUUAAAAAAUGUGAAUCAGGGACUCGACGAUGACAAUGUUGGACUGUCUUUGAGAAUCAUGUAUUUAAACAUUUGUACUGUAACGCUGCACUAUGAUGCAGGAAGUGGACAUUCACGUCUACUAUUGAAAUAGUAGAUCAAACUCCAGAUGGUUGUUUUAAAGCUCCACAGAUCACUGUGAGCUUGUAUGAUCCUCUGUAAGGAUGGAGGAUUUUAGCAUUAAUGUCUUCUUUUAAACGGUGCUAUGAACUGACCACAAUGCAAAGUGAUCUCAGUGAAACAGGACUCAUGUCUGUCAGAAAGAAGUUUCUGACAAGCCUUUUUAAAUGUUACAAACCUCAUACUGGUUUUAUUUUAAUGUUUUUAAUCACUUUAUUGGUUUAGAAAGGGUAGGAUUAUGUUUUGUAUGUUUUGAAAUGUCAUUCUGAGGAAAUUUUAUGAAACAUG